AUGGCUCCCAUUGCACUUGACCAGGCUGUCGACCAGCCAAACCUACGCAAAGCAGUCAAGGCCGAGCCGAGUCCCAGAGAGACAGGAGAAAGCAUUCGUCUCGCUGCGAGAACCGGUGCGUACGACAAGCAGACAUCCGGCGCCGCGCCCACUUACGUCCAGGCAAACCUGAUCGCGUUGCCGUCGCGGUUUGCAGAGGAUUUCAGGUUGUUAUGCAAAAGGAACCCUGUUCCGUGUCCUCUGCUGGCCGAGUCCAAGGAAGUGGGACGAUGGGAUGAGCUGAAAUCAUGGGUGCCUGGAGUAACCGGCAAAGAGAUCGCAGGAGAUGUCGACCUUCGCCACGACUUUCCCAAGUACAUGGUCUACGAGGACGGCAAGCUGGCACAGUCUCACUGUCGCGACGUCGGCUCGACCUGGAGUGAAGACCACGUCGGCUUCUUGAUCGGCUGUUCAUUCAGUUUCGAGGCCGCACUUGCCGCCGAAGGGUUGAUUCCGUCCCACAUGGCACACGGGAGGAACGUACCCAUGUAUCGGACGACCCUUCCUCUGUGCCCGGCCGGAGUCUUCAGCCAGUCCACAUAUGUGGUGUCGAUGAGACCGUACCGCCGAAGAGAUAUCGAGAAAGUCAGAGACAUUACGCGCACAUAUGUCGCAACGCACGGCGAGCCAAUCGCUUGGGGUUGGGAUGCCGCGACCCGCCUCGGGAUCAAGGACAUCAGCAAGCCGGACUUUGGAGACAGCCCUAUCCUGCCUGAUGGCUCAGUACUCGUUCAGGGUGUUGGCGACGAAGCGGAAGAAUUUGUUCCUGUCUUCUGGGGCUGUGGUGUCACGCCACAAGAAGCGGUACGGCAAGCUGCUCUGGAUGGUCCCGUUAUUGGACACGCUCCAGGACACAUGAUUGUGCUGGACAUAAGGGACUGGGAUAUUGUCCCAAGUACAUAA